AAUAUAUUAACUCACCUAAAAUUUUCUCUUUAUUACAAAGUUUAUAUAAUCAUGUCUUCAAGAAAUCAUUUUAUGUUUGCCUUUUACCUUCUGAUUUUAUUUGCAAAUGCAGCUUCAAUUGAUUAUGAAAUAGCACUUAAAAAAUCUUUAUUAUAUUAUGAAGCUCAAAGAUCUGGAAAAUUGCCUUAUGAUCAACGUGUGCAAUGGAGGGGAGAUUCAGCCCUUAAAGAUGGCAAACAUGAAGGGAUCGACUUAACAGGGGGAUACUAUGAUGCUGGAGACAACGUGAAAUUCGGAUUUCCAAUGGCAUUCACGAUAACAAUGCUAGCAUGGAGUGUAACUGAAUUUAGACACUAUCUAAAUUCACAAAAUGAAUUGAAAAAUGUCCUGAAUACAAUCAAAUGGGGCACUGAUUAUUUUAUAAAAGCGCAUAAAGAGCCUUACGUUUUAUAUGGCGAAAUCGGAGAGGGAAAUUCAGAUCAUCAGUGCUGGCAGAGGCCAGAAGAUAUGACAACACCGAGAACUGCUUAUAAAAUUGAUGAGCGACAGCCAGGUGCUGACCUGGCCGGAGAAACAGCUGCAGCUCUGGCUGCUGCAGCCAUUGCUUUUAAGGGAUUGAAUUCGCAUUACUCGAAUCAACUUCUUACACAUGCCAAAAAGUUAUUUGAUUUUGCUAUAAAGUUCCCAGGCGUGUACCAAACUAGCAUGCCAGUGGCCGGUAAAUUCUAUGGUAGCUCAGGCUACGAGGAUGAACUAUUGUGGGCUGCUGUUUGGUUGCUCAAAGCCACCAAAAACCAAAAAUACCGCAAUUACAUCAAUGCUAAAGCCACUAGUUCUGGAGGCACCGGAGGCACCAGACCCACUUUAUCAUGGGAUGACAAAUAUGUUGGUGCUCAACUACUCAUUGCAAAGAUGUUGCUGAAGAAGAAAUUUGCAGGGAAUGGAAGUAUUUCUCUGAAUGAAUACAAGAAAAAUGCAGAGGCAUUUAUAUGCAAUUGUAUCCAAAAGGGAAAUAACAACAUAAAGAAGACAAACGGAGGACUUUUAUGGUGGCAACCAUGGAAUAAUCUCCAAUAUGUCACAACUGCAACAUUUGUCAUUGCAAGUUAUGCUGAUACAUUAUCUGCCACUAAAAAUUAUCUGCAAUGUACUAGUGGAAAUGUAAAACCCUGGGAACUAAUCACCUUCGUCAAAUCUCAGGUGGAUUAUAUACUUGGUAAAAACCCAAAAAAAAUGAGUUACAUGGUUGGAUUUGGGACAAAUUACCCACAAAAGGUUCAUCACAGAGGAGCAUCAAUUGUGUCAAUAAAAAAAGACAAAACUCCAGUGAGGUGCCAAGAAGGUUUUACCCUAUGGUUCAAUAAAAAUGCACCAAAUCCAAAUGUUAUAGAUGGUGCAAUUGUUGGAGGACCUGAUAUUAAUGAUUAUUAUAAUGAUACAAGAGGUAAUUUCCAGCAAGGUGAGGCAGCCACUGCUAAUACAGCACCAUUAGUUGGAGUUUUAGCAAGAUUAGCAGCUAUCAGCUAGCUGAACAAAUUAAAUCCUCUUAGAUAGUUUUAUUAAUAUGGGAGUAGAAGGUUAGUAAAGAAUUGAACAUUAUCUAUCUUCUCUUUAUCAUUAUAAUCAUUUGUGCUUUCCCUUUAUCUAGAAUUGAACAUUAUCUAUCUUCUCUUUAUCAGUAUUAU